CAUUAACCCCGUGCUGGCGGUAGAGUCUUAUAAAAGAGCCCCAGAUUUUUCGCACGAGGAGGGAGUAGGAAAGCCGGUGGGAAAAAGCAGAGGACGAGCGGAGGCGCAUUCAUGAGCUCCCUGUACGAUAUCUCCUGCUUCGCUGCCGGCGUUGCUGGAAACAUCUUCGCCCUCGCCCUCUUCCUGUCGCCGGUGCCGACGUUCAAGAGGGUGGUGAAGGCCAAGUCGACGGAGCGGUUCGAUGGGCUCCCCUACCUGCUCUCCCUGCUCAACUGCUGCAUCUGCCUCUGGUACGGCCUCCCCUGGGUCUCCGACGGCGGCAGGACCCUCGUGGCCACCGUCAACGGCACCGGCGCGCUGUUCCAGCUCGCGUACAUUUCGCUCUUCAUCUUCUACGCCGACAGCAGGAGCACACGGUUAAAGAUCACGGGGAUCCUGCUGCUCGAAGUCUUCGUGUUCGCGUUCGUUGCGCAUGCGAGCAUCGCCUUCUUGGACCAGCCGGCCCGGCAGCUGUUCAUCGGCGGCGUGAGCAUGGCGUCUCUGAUCUCCAUGUUUGCCUCCCCACUGGCCGUCAUGGGUUUGGUGAUCCGGACCGAGUGCGUGGAGUUCAUGCCCUUCUACUUGUCCCUCUCCACCUUCCUCAUGAGCGCCUCCUUCACAAUGUACGGGCUUCUGCUGCGUGAUUUCUUCAUAUACGUCCCCAAUGGGAUUGGAGUCAUCCUGGGAGCAAUGCAGCUGGUGCUGUACGCUUACUACAGCAGGAAAUGGAAGAGCAGUGAACCUUCUGCACCGUUGCUCGCCUGAGCAAAACCGACUUGAUCAGUCAGCUGGUUGCUCUCCGUUGCUGGGAUUCAGAAAAGAGGGGGGUGACGGUUUCUUGAAGGAGAGUCUCAGAGGGAGAUGUUACUACUUGCUAGUGGCAGUCUAUACGUUGUUUUGUCCUGGUCACUGUGCUGUACAUUGUUGGCUUUGUGCCCCGUCAUUUCUCUUCACGUAUUUGUAGUGAAAGCUGUGCUUCGAAUAGCUUCACUUGUUGAUAUUAGGCUUUACUUUCUUAUUAGAUAUUAUUAGGCAUUGUGCUGAUGCAUACAAGCACUUGAACAUGCUGCUUGUGAAAUUUUGUUUCGGGAUAUUGUGUUUCAUGUCGUCGUGAAAGAUUUUUUAAUCUUGUUGUAAGAAAAAGCAUUCUAUCA